UCACACAAGUGCAGCACACAUGCUAGCUGACUCGGCGACAGAGAGAGCAGACUCCACACACACCUCCACACUCUGUGACACACCUGCAAGAACAGAAGACCCUCUGCCAUCCUUGUCCCCUGUAAGCCCAGCUGAAAGGGUUGGUAGGUUCCUGGAUGAUCUGUCAGGUCCCUGGGCGGCUGUAGAAGAGUGUCUGAGUCCUGGGAUUCGGGAGGAUCCGGACACCAUGAACUCUGGCUACGGGGUCCUGAGCACCACCCUCAGCCUGAAGCGCAGUCCGGCCCGAGAUGUUAAAGAAGACGGGCUGCACCGCUUCCGCAAGUUGUCCCUGGUCAGCAGCUCCGAAGACCCCGGAGAGGACUUCAGUUCCAGCCCUGCAGCAGCGCCUUACGACUAUGACCGCGCCCCGGCCGGGACCGAGGGGCGGCGGGAGGUCCUGUCUCGGGAGGACAGACCCGCCCCUGGAGAGGUCACGCCCCGCAGUUCGCCUCAGUUCGGCUCAGAGUCCCUUGGUUCUUUAAACUCGUACUACUCCCCCGCCUUCCUGGACACACAAUACCUCUUUUCCCCUGGGACCAACCAGGAAGCAGGUCUGUCCGCGCCGUCCCCGGAAAAGCCUGGUUCCCACAGCAACAGCCACUCAUUCAGCGAGAGGAGCGAAGUUCAGUGGAGCUGGGAGCGUGAGCUCGGGGGCUGGGACAGGGCGGAGCCAGCUGCACCUGCAGAGGAGCGAGCGAGGGAGGGAGCGAUAAAUUCAGGCUCGGACUCGCGCUGGCUGUCAGACCGCAGCCUCUCCCCGACGCAGACGGAGGUUCCUCUCUCGGGACUGUUCAAAGCCACGCGAGUGGAUCUGCUUCCCUCCCCCACCUCCCCCGACAUCAGCAGCCCCCACGACAUGGACAACCUGGUGGACACCCUCAAGAGCAUGGAGCCUCCUCAGAGACAGAGAGUAUCGCGGCCUCCCCCCUUAUCCGCCAUCACCUCCCUCCCCCCUAUUGUGGAGGACUCACCGGUGCAGGCCCCCAGGGCCCAGAACGGCACGGGCAGCCUGUCCCUGGACCUGGGCCUGAAGAGGAGCUCGCCCAAGGACAUGCCCACCCCGCUGGAGAUGAUGAAGAGGCAGCACGAGGUGGACGGCCCGCGCUCCCUCCCGCUGCGCGCCUCCGCCGACAGCAGCAUCGUCUUCCGCAAGAGCAGCCCCGGCGGCGGCCUGUCGCCCGACGGCUCCUCCUCGCCCCAGCUCAACGGCAGCUCCUCUCCGGGGCCCUCCCGGCUGGAAGGCAGCCUGCUCUUCUCCGGCUUCCGGCUGGAGAACGGGAAGCCGCAGGCCGCCCGGCCGCUGGCGCGCGCGUCCUCUCUGCCCGACGCCGGCCCCUCCAUGGACAGGAUGAGCAGCGCCCCCGGCCAGCACGGGCCGGAGCCUCCCAGCUCCUCCCGCUACGAGCGCUUCUCCUUCCUCAUGUCCCCCACCAGCUCGCUGGCCGAGGCGCCCGAGCCUCUCCGCGUCAGCCGCCCGCCGGCCCUUACCCACAGUCCCCUGGGGGAGCUAAGCUUUACCCACAGUCCCCUGGGGGAGCUAGGCUUUACCCACAGUCCCCUUGGGGAGCUAGGCUUUACCCACAGUCCCCUGGGGGAGCUUGGCUUUUCCCACAGUUCCCUGGGGGAGCUUGGUUUGAGCCACAGGCCCUCCAGCCCCCUGGAUCUGCUCCAUUCGCCCUCUGCAGACCCCCACGGCAAACUGCAGCGCAGCCUCAGUGUGGACUCCCCCCUCGCAAAAAUGGGCUCCCAGUUUACCCCCCAGCCAGAACCAGAGAGGCCUGCUGUCAUCAAGUACAGGGCCUUCCCCGAUGCCUAUCGCACCAAGGAGAAGGAGCAUGGCAAGCUUAACCCACGACCAGGAAAGAUGUUAAUUUUUACUGAGCCAGGCCUGAGUGGUGAGAGGAUUGAGAUACGCAGUGAUGUCAUCGAUGCCACACCCUGGGAUCUUCCAGAAACCAUCUACAUUCGUGUGGUCAGAGGAGGUUGGGUUCUCUAUGAAAAGCCUAACUUCAAGGGGGGAAAGGUUGCUUUGGAUGAAGGAGACAUUGAGCUCACCUCCCCGUUCAGAUCACCUGAGGAAGAGCAGAAAAAGGAGGGUGAAGAGGAAGAGAAGUCGCAGCCCAGCAGGAAGUGUGUCUUCGGUUCUCUGCGCAGAGCAGUCCGGGAUUACAGUGUUCCUGAGAUAAGUCUGUUCCCUGAGGAGAAUGCGGAGGGGAAGAAGGUGAUCUUCAGGGACACCUCAGAGGACGCCAGAAUCUUCGGCUUCCCCAUCAAAGCCAAGUCCAUCAUCAUCAAAGCUGGGCUGUGGUUGGUGUACGCACACCCGUUUAUGGAAGGAGCCCCACGCGUGCUGGAGGUGGGGGGGUACCCGAACCCUGCCUCCUGGGGUGUCACCCAACCUUACGUGGGCUCCCUGCACCCUCUCAAAAUUGGGGAGCCACGAGUGGAGAAACCCAAUGAGCCAAAGUUGGUGAUCUUCGAUAAGUCAUACUUCUCUGGGAAGUCUCGUGAUGUGUACACCCAUCUGCGUGACUUCAUAACUCGCACUGAUAUGAAGCAGACUGCUUUCAUGCACAACGCAGGCUCCAUCAAAGUAACUGGGGGCUGCUGGGUGGGGUUCUCUAAGGAGAACUUCCGGGGGCACCAGUACCUGCUGGAGGAGGGGGACUACCACGACUGGAGAGUGUGGGGAGGGUGUGACUCUGAGCUGCGCUCUGUACGCCUCAUCAGAGCGGACUUCGCAGAGCCCGUGCUGGUGAUGUUCUCCCGGCCUGACGAGGAGGACGAGGACCAGGAGGAGAAGACCUUCGAGGUGACGGAGGCCAUCCCGGACGUGGAGCCUUUCAACUUCCCGACCUCCACCCACUCCAUCCAAGUGCUGAACGGGGCCUGGAUUGCCUACUCCCAUGUGGAUUUCUCCGGUGAUCAGUAUAUCCUAGAGAAAGGUUUCUACAGCAACUGUGGGGACUGGGGAGCCACAGACAAUCGGAUCUGCUCUAUACAGCCCAUCCUACCGGCCCCCAGUGAAACUCCCACCAGCAGGAGCCAGGUGCUGCUGUACUCCGAACCAGACUUCCAGGGCCAGUGCCAGCUGUGCCUGAAGAACGAGGAGUCUCUGCCUGAGAAGUUCCUCACCAAGUCCUGCAGGGUGCUGAGGGGGAGUUGGGUGGUAUAUGAGGGGCGUGAGUAUUCAGGAGGCCUGUACAUCUUGCCAGAGGGGGAUUACCCAAAUCUCGACAGCAUGGGCUGCCCCCCCAGCUGUUCCCUGCGUUCACUCAAGAUCAUCCCACUGAUGUUUGCGGUGCCUUCCAUCUCUCUCUUUGGGCUGGAGUGUUUUGAAGGUCGUGAGGUCACUCUGGACUCGGAGGUACCGAGCCUUGUGGACGAAGGGUUCAACAACCACGUGCUGUCAAUCAGAGUCAACAGCGGCUGUUGGGUGGUGUGUGAGCACACUAACUACAGGGGGCGCCAGAUCCUGUUGGAGCCCAUAGAGAUCCCCAACUGGCUGAAGUUCAGUGGACUCUCCACUAUUGGCUCCAUGCAUGCUGUCAGACAGAAGCGCCACUUCUUCCGCAUCAAAAACCAGGAGCGAGGUCACGUCAUGUCCAUCCAGGGAGGGGUGGAGGAGAUGAAGUCGGGUCGAGUUGUGGUGACGGAGCAGGUGGAGGGCAUGAGUGAUGUCUGGUACUACCAGGACGGUCUCAUCAAGAACAAGCUGGCCCCCAACAUGUGCCUGCAGGUGAUGGGGGAGGUGGAGCCGGGGGCCAAGCUGGUGCUGUGGUCUGAGACACGCCAGCCCACCCAGAUCUGGACCACCCAGGCCAGCGGGAUCAUCAGAAGCCUGACCUUCCCAGGCAUGGUGUUAGACAUCAAGGGAGGGAAGGCCUACGAUCGGAACCAUGUAAUCAUUCAUGGGGAGAGUGAGGAGAGGCCCAGCCAGCAGUGGAAUAUUGAGCUUCUGUAGCCCCGUCCCUCUCCUCUCCUGCCCUCACCCUGUCCCCUGACCCUCGGGAUAACGUCCCAAACCCUUCAGUGCUUAGAUCACGUUGCAGGAGUGCCGGUUUUGACUCGCCACAGAUGGGCAUCGCCUGUAGGGGGCGCCGCUGAGCCCACCUGCCUUUCCCUUCAGUUGCAUAGGUGCACUGUGGGUCAUUUUCGAAUGGCUCUGCUGGGUUACUGGUGAAACCUUUCUUUGGUUGUAUAGAGUCAUUCAAGGGCCUCAGUGUUCUGUGGAGCAAGAACUAAAUUGUACAAAGACUUUAGAAAAUAUUCUGUGAGAAGAGAACCCCCUUUCUGCACAUCAGAAAAAGCAAUGCAGCCUGGAGAGAAGGUAAGAAGGAACAGGACAGCAGAUCCAGCCCCAGUCUGGCCUGUGCACCGACUCCAGCUCGUCCUACAGUGGAGCCGCCAUCUUGGUUACCCUUUCUGAAGUGACCUACCCAUCAUGCCCAGAGAGAAAAGCGGGGAGCAUCGGCAAUCGCUGGCCAUUCUCCCAUUUCAUGCUUGAAUACAGUCAUUGUGUUAUGUGACAGAUGGGGAAAUUCACUCUGUUGCGCAGAACUGAAUGGAGGCACAUGUCUUCCGUGCACACAUGGACUUGCGCAUGUACACAUGCAGAGCUGCCAGGCCCUACUGCAUGCACAGUGUGUCUCUAUUUGCAGAGUUAUUAUGCUGACUUUAUUUGUUUGUGUUACUCUGUUUCUUUUAUAUUAUGGGGUGAAAGCUAUUUUUAUAAGCAUUAUAUAGUGAUCGUAUCCAAAGAGUGCCUUGGAGAAGCCACUCAGGGUUAAACGCGAGUCAGUGUUGACUAUUGUUACUGUGGUGUUUUAUUUAAGUGGUCUUUAAAUGGUAUGGUAGUAUAAUUAUUCAGUCAGAAGUGUCAAAGUCCAUGUUCAUGUUUGAGAAAACCAAAAUAAAAGAAAUCCAGAAAUCUUGUCUAUAAAAUGUCAUAAACCUGUCCCAAAGCAAUACUUUUUAAUGAAAAACUACAUUGUGAAAAGAUAUGUAAGAGGGAGUGGAUUUUAAAUAAAUGAAAGUGAAGUUUACA